AAUAACGCUCGCUUACAGACUCCCGAAAUUGAAUCCAGGUGAGAUUUUUGUCAACGUCUCGAAUCUCCUUCGACAACUUUAUAUACUAUAUACGUAGUCGAGAUAUUUUACGCAGAAAAAGGGUUAAUCGCUGGUGAUCUCGAUCAUGGAAGAACUGCAAGCUUUUGCCAAGGAGCGUAGCUUCAAAAGAAAGUUAAUGGUAGCACAAGUCGGUAGCCGGGACGGUGGUGGUCAAGUAAGGAGAGUCCAUAUUGUGUAUUUUCUUAGUCGUAAUGGUUGUACCGAACAUCCUCAUCUUUUCCGUGUCCAUCAUCUCUCACGUAAUGGAGUUCGCUUAAGAGAUGUUAAGAGUUGGCUAUCUGAAUUAAGAGGAAACAACAUGCCCGAGGGUUUUGCUUGGUCAUACAAGAGUGUUACAUCAGUUAGACUUGGACCAUUUCUCCUAUGUGUAUGUUGUAAUCUCUCAUUUCUACUCAAGGGCUUGAAAGAGAAGAAGAGAUAUGGCGAUGGUUAUGGAGAGAUUACAAGAAGAAAUGGAGAGAUUGGGUCGCCAUUGUUAUGCGGUCUUCUGUUUAGGAGUGUUGCUCAUAGUGGUGGCGAUAUCCCACUUUGGUUUUUUCGAUGAGAUGUAAAAAGCCAUUUUUACAAUGUGAAUAAAUAAAUCACGAGUUACUGAAAAAGGGGUUGUCGAAGACCAGAAGCAGCAACCUAUUUUCAUCAUGUUUUUUUAACCUUUUCUUUCGUAAUUUGUAUAUGGGAUGCAGACCAGGUGUUUGUAGAAAAACCU